CAGUCCUCAAUAUUUUAAUUCUGAAUCUGAUAUAUUGUUAAUAUUUUCCAUUUUACGUUUUCUUUGAUGAGAAACUGCGUCUUGUUUAGAUCUGUAUUUAUAUAUAUCUUUAACGAUUUGUGGUUCAUUAUUUUGAUACGCUGUAAGCGAUGCAUUUGCCAGCAGACUUCCGUUAAAAACGUGGAGAGAAAGAAGGGUGUUGAAAAAGCAAAACUAUAUUUCUACGUGGUAAAUCAAACCAUUCACAAUUCUUGGAAUGUGUAAUAUAUGAAGACACGUUCAGGUUUUGUUUGCAGGUGCCGCCGACCGAGUUUGAGCAGCCGACAAGGAAUGUUGAAACUGACAAACCGGCCAUGAAGAUGGUUUAGGCUCAGUUCGUCUUCUCAUUCAUAAGACAUGAUGUUUGCGUGCGUUAAAACUUGUACUUUCAAGUGACAAGAUGAAUUCCUUCCUACAACCAGAGUCGGAUUUGUAAAGAGAAUAUUUCUGAGUUUUUGUCUGACUCUCUUAAAAAAUAAAAAACCAAACUACCUGCAUCGAGAAAUUUGAUGAUGCUGUGUGUACAGAUGUGAUCCUUAUGCGUGCAUGGCAUGUAAAAAGACAAACUUUGUGUUGUUCUCUGCAUUUGUGUUUUUGAAAUGUUUGUGUUAUUCUACAAUCAAUAGUUUGUCAUCCGCUCAUCUGUGAUAGAAAAUGGCUAGUCGACGACAGUUUCAAUACUGCAAGGUGAUUAUUGCUACAUCCAUGGUGUGGGUUAUGCUGGACGUGUUUCUUCUCAUGUAUUAUACUGACUGUACGCAGAUGUCCGAUUGCAAGAGGAGAACCGACCAGGUCGCAAACCUGGAACAGGCGCCGAAAGAACAUGUUGGAUUUUUACAGAAGAUUUUGCCUAAAGGUCUGUUGCCCAGAAUGACACCCACAGGACCAGGAGAGAUGGGCAAGGCUGUGCAAGUUCCCAAAGAAAGAGAGGCAGAAGCGAAAGACAAGUUUAAAAUAAAUCAAUUUAACUUAGUAGCAAGUGAUAUGAUCUCAUUAAACCGAUCACUGCCAGAUUAUAGAAUGGAUGGUUGUAAGAAAAGAAAACUGCCCCCACUGGAUCAAAUGCCAAAAACUAGUGUGAUUAUCGUGUUUCACAACGAGGCUUGGUCGACACUACUGCGCACUGUUCACAGUAUAAUUAACAGGUCACCCGCUGUACUACUGGAAGAGAUUCUUCUUGUUGAUGACGCCAGUGAAAAAGAUCAAGAUCCUCAUCUCGAACAUCUUGGAAAGAAGCUUGAUGAAUACGUUUCUCGGUUGCAUACUCGAGUUCGUGUCAUUCGACUUAAAGAUAGAACUGGUUUAAUCAGGGCUAGGUUAAUAGGCGCACGCGAGGCAAAAGGUCAAGUGUUGACAUUCCUUGAUGCCCACUGUGAGUGUACCGAGGGAUGGCUGGAGCCUCUUCUAGCUGAAAUUCACACCGACAGAACGUCUGUAGUGUGUCCCAUCAUUGAUGUGAUUAGUGAUGAUACAUUUGAGUACAUAACUGGUUCCGACAUGACGUGGGGUGGGUUCAACUGGAAGCUGAAUUUCCGUUGGUACCCGGUGCCGCAGAGAGAGUUAGAGAGGCGAGGUGGAGACCGGAGUCGUCCUACAAGGACUCCAACCAUGGCUGGUGGUCUCUUCUCAAUAAACAGGGAUUACUUCUAUGAAAUUGGUUCAUACGACGAAGGAAUGGAUAUUUGGGGAGGAGAAAACUUGGAAAUGUCUUUCAGGGUGUGGAUGUGUGGUGGUAAAAUCUAUAUAGUUACGUGUUCACGGGUUGGUCAUGUGUUCCGCAAGACGUCACCGUAUUCCUGGCCAGGAGGAGUGGCACGUAUUAUCAACCAUAACACGCAGCGCAUCGUAGAAGUGUGGAUGGAUGAAUACAAAGAAUUCUUUUAUAAAAUAAAUCCAGGUGUUAAAAGCACAUCCUAUGGAGAUAUAUCAGAAAGGAAAGAAUUUAGGAAGCGGCUUAAAUGUAAAAGUUUCCGGUGGUAUUUAGAGACAAUAUAUCCAGAGUCACAGAUGCCUGUAGAUUUCUACUCAUUAGGAGAAAUACGCAAUAAAGAAAGCAAUAUGUGUGUUGACACAAUGGGUCGUAAGAGUGGAGAAAAGGUUGGGAUGGUUGGGUGUCAUGGAAUGGGUGGUAACCAGGUUUUUGCCCUCACUAAGAAGAAAAUUAUAAUGACUGAUGACAAUAUGUGUAUAGAGGCUCGCAACGCGCCUACUGCGGUAGUAUUUUCACGCUGCGAUGACAGCUUCCAAAACCUAGAGUGGGAUUUUGAUUUUCAGACACUCGCUUUGCGGCAUGUGAAUACUGGACUAUGUUUGGGAAAACCAUCACCAAGUGACAAAGAAAGUCCAUCAUUGGGAGCUUGUACUGGUCUGCCGAGUCAGCAAUGGAUUCUCAGUGAUAUGAAAUGGAAGAGUUGAGGUGGAGAGAAUCAAGAUGGGACUCUGUGAUCUGGCGUAUAGCUGCUAUGGUGAUCCAACGAUCUUCAAAGCCACAAACUUCGUAUGCCAUGUUUAGUGUGAUGAAUAAUGCUGUUAUGUCACCUCACAGCCACUACCAUUUGAAAACUACAUGUAUAAAGACACACUUAAGCUUCAAUAUCUGUAAUGUUUAGCAAUUACAUAUUGAUACUGAUUGCAUAAUUUUCACAAGUACUAAUCAUAGUUUGUCCUAAAUAUUGCAGGGUAGUGGGUUUAAAAAAAAAAAAAUUAAAAUGUGGAUAUGUACCUUUAAAUUUAGAGACAAUCUAAAUUUAUGGUUAAUUGCACUGAAACUAACUGAAUUUAUUUCAUUAUGUUUUUGUCUACAGUUGAAUUGAUUUACAUUGAAAUUAUGUCUUUCCAUCCUUAGGUGUAAAUUGUCUUUAUCAUUUUGAAGAUGUGUGAUAUCUGAUUAGCCAUUUUAAUGUUAUUCCUUUGUUAAUUUGAUUAACUAGAUUGUGGCCUUGGAGUAUUUUAGUGGUGGUGUUUUCAUACACUGACCACAGAAUGGAUGGGUCAACUGUUGUGGUAAUUUUAGCAGUGCUUCAGGUUUUUUUUGUAGACUUCUCAGUGAAUUUCGCUUUCAUAAUCAAUUUGUUUUAUUUUACAUCAGUUUUUAUUUACCAUUUUAUGGGGUUGAAUAUGUGGUUAAGAAUCACUCGGUUAAUGAGUAAUAAAACUAGGUACCACUACUUCAUGAGCAAAUCUCUUUGAUUUUGCAUCAAGGGAUCUUUUAUAUGCACCAUCCCACAGACAGGAUAGUCCAAUCCAUGGCCUUUGUUACACCACUUGAUGCAUCGGGAAAGCACUUUACCCAGGAUAGUCCAAUCCAUGGCCUUUGUUACACCACUUGAUGCAUCGGGAAAGCACUUUACCCAGGCUAGUCCAAUCCAUGGCCUUCCUUUGUUACACCACUUGAUGCAUCGGGAAAGCACUUUACCCAGGCUAGUCCAAUCCAUGGCCUUCCUUUGUUACACCACUUGAUGCAUCGGGAAAGCACUUUACCCAAGCUAGUCCAAUUCAUGGCCUUUGUUACACCACUUGAUGCAUCGGGAAAGCACUUUACCCAAGCUAGUCCAAUUCAUGGCCUUUGUUACACCACUUGAUGCAUCGGGAAAGCACUUUACCCAAGCUAGUCCAAUUCAUGGCCUUUGUUACACCACUUGAUGCAUCGGGAAAGCACUUUACCCAAGCUAGUCCAAUUCAUGGCCUUUGUUACACCACUUGAUGCAUCGGGAAAGCACUUUACCCAAGCUAGUCCAAUUCAUGGCCUUUGUUACACCACUUGAUGCAUCGGGAAAGCACUUUACCCAGGCUAGUCCAAUCCAUGGCCUUCCUUUGUUACACCACUUGAUGCAUCGGGAAAGCACUUUACCCAGGCUAGUCUAAUCCAUGGCCUUUGUUACACCACUUGAUGCAUCGGGAAAGCACUUUACCCAGGCUAGUCCAAUCCAUGGCCUUUGUUACACCACUUGAUGCAUCGGGAAAGCACUUUACCCAAGCUAGUCCAAUUCAUGGCCUUUGUUACACCACUUGAUGCAUCGGGAAAGCACUUUACCCAGGCUAGUCCAAUCCAUGGCCUUCCUUUGUUACACCACUUGAUGCAUCGGGAAAGCACUUUACCCAAGCUAGUCCAAUUCAUGGCCUUUGUUACACCACUUGAUGCAUCGGGAAAGCACUUUACCCAGGCUAGUCCAAUCCAUGGCCUUCCUUUGUUACACCACUUGAUGCAUCGGGAAAGCACUUUACCCAAGCUAGUCCAAUUCAUGGCCUUUGUUACACCACUUGAUGCAUCGGGAAAGCACUUUACCCAGGCUAGUCCAAUCCAUGGCCUUCCUUUGUUACACCACUUGAUGCAUCGGGAAAGCACUUUACCCAAGCUAGUCCAAUUCAUGGCCUUUGUUACACCACUUGAUGCAUCGGGAAAGCACUUUACCCAGGCUAGUCCAAUCCAUGGCCUUUGUUACACCACUUGAUGCAUCGGGAAAGCACUUUACCCAGGCUAGUCCAAUCCAUGGCCUUCCUUUGUUACACCACUUGAUGCAUCGGGAAAGCACUUUACCCAGGCUAGUCCAAUCCAUGGCCUUCCUUUGUUACACCACUUGAUGCAUCGGGAAAGCACUUUACCCAGGAUAGUCCAAUUCAUGGCCUUUGUUACACCACUUGAUGCAUCGGGAAAGCACUUUACCCAGGAUAGUCCAAUUCAUGGCCUUUGUUACACCACUUGAUGCAUCGGGAAAGCACUUUACCCAGGAUAGUCCAAUUCAUGGCCUUUGUUACACCACUUGAUGCAUCGGGAAAGCACUUUACCCAGGAUAGUCCAAUUCAUGGCCUUUGUUACACCACUUGAUGCAUCGGGAAAGCACUUUACCCAGGCUAGUCCAAUCCAUGGCCUUCCUUUGUUACACCACUUGAUGCAUCGGGAAAGCACUUUACCCAAGCUAGUCCAAUUCAUGGCCUUUGUUACACCACUUGAUGCAUCGGGAAAGCACUUUACCCAGGCUAGUCCAAUCCAUGGCCUUCCUUUGUUACACCACUUGAUGCAUCGGGAAAGCACUUUACCCAAGCUAGUCCAAUUCAUGGCCUUUGUUACACCACUUGAUGCAUCGGGAAAGCACUUUACCCAAGCUAGUCCAAUUCAUGGCCUUUGUUACACCACUUGAUGCAUCGGGAAAGCACUUUACCCAAGCUAGUCCAAUUCAUGGCCUUUGUUACACCACUUGAUGCAUCGGGAAAGCACUUUACCCAAGCUAGUCCAAUUCAUGGCCUUUGUUACACCACUUGAUGCAUCGGGAAAGCACUUUACCCAAGCUAGUCCAAUUCAUGGCCUUUGUUACACCACUUGAUGCAUCGGGAAAGCACUUUACCCAAGCUAGUCCAAUUCAUGGCCUUUGUUACACCACUUGAUGCAUCGGGAAAGCACUUUACCCAGGCUAGUCCAAUCCAUGGCCUUCCUUUGUUACACCACUUGAUGCAUCGGGAAAGCACUUUACCCAGGCUAGUCUAAUCCAUGGCCUUUGUUACACCACUUGAUGCAUCAGGAAAGCACUUUACCCAGGCUAGUCCAAUCCAUGGCCUUUGUUACACCACUUGAUGCAUCGGGAAAGCACUUUACCCAAGCUAGUCCAAUUCAUGGCCUUUGUUACACCACUUGAUGCAUCGGGAAAGCACUUUACCCAGGCUAGUCCAAUCCAUGGCCUUCCUUUGUUACACCACUUGAUGCAUCGGGAAAGCACUUUACCCAGGCUAGUCCAAUCCAUGGCCUUCCUUUGUUACACCACUUGAUGCAUCGGGAAAGCACUUUACCCAGGCUAGUCCAAUUCAUGGCCUUUGUUACACCACUUGAUGCAUCGGGAAAGCACUUUACCCAGGCUAGUCCAAUCCAUGGCCUUUGUUACACCACCUGAUGCAUCGGGAAAGCACUUUACCACUAGGUAACCUCUUAUCCCCUGGUAGUCAUAUAAAGAAGGGUGGGAUGUAGCCCAGUGGUACAGUGCUCACUCGAUGCGCAGUCGGUGGGCCCAUUGGGCUAUUUCUUGUUCCAGCCAGUGCACCAUGACUGGUAUAUCAAAGGCUGUGGUAUGUG